CCAAAGACUACGGUGUGAGAACCAGCCCCGGUGUGGCAGCCAGCCCCGGUGUGGGAGCCAGCCCUCGUGUGGGAGCCAGCCCUGGAGUGGGGGCGGGCCUGGAAGAUGUGGACCAUGCCGCUUAUGCGUACGUCACCCAUUGGUGGGGGGGGGGGGGGCUAUUUGAAAGGAGCAUUUUAAUGUUUGAACAGAUUUCGGUUCGCUGAAAACUUUCGUCUUAUCUUCCAAACAUUGACAAAAAUUCCACAAAGAAAUCAUCAGUCAAGUCAUACGUCUUCUUUGUAAGGAUAAUGAAUUUUAAAAAAAAAUGAUUUCUCUGUUUCUAAAGAAUGCCAGUUGAAGAAGAUGGUGUGGAGGAGGGGGGAGAAACGGUGACGUCUCGACUGUUGUCAUUCGGUCUUCAGAUCAGCCGGGGCCUGGAGCAUCUGGCCAACAACAAGGUAAGGGGUAGCCACUUCUGUCAGGGGUAGCCACUUCUGUCAGGGGUAGGCACUUCUGUCAGGGGUAGCCACUUCUGUCAGGGGUAGCCACUUCUGUCAGGGGUAGACAAUUCUGUCAAGGGGUAGACAAUUCUGUCAGGGGUAGCCACUUCUGUCAGGGGUAGCCAAUUCUGUCAGGGGUAGCCAAUUCUGUCGGGGUAGCCAAUUCUGUCAAUGGUAGACAAUUCUGUCAGGGGCAGCGCCUUCUGUCAGGGGUACACAAUUCGGUGAAGGGUAGGCACGUUUGUGAAGAAUGUCCACUUCUAUGAAGGAUAUCCAAUUCUGUGAAGGAUAGCCACUUCUGUGAAGGAUAUCCAAUUCUGUGAAGAAUAGCCACUUCUAUGAAGGAUAUCCAAUUCUGUGAAGGAUAGCCACUUCUGUGAAGGAUAUUCUAUUCUGUGAAGGAUAGCCACUUCUGUGAAGAAUAUCCAUUUCUGUAAAAGAUAGCCACUUAUGUGAAGGAAAGCCACUUCUGUGAAGGAUAUUCUAUUCUGUGAAGGAUAGCCACUUCUGUGAAGGAUAUCCAUUUCUGUGAAGGAUAGCCACUUUUGCGAAGAAUAGCUACUUCUAUGAAGGAUAUCCCAAUUCUGUGAAGGAUAGGCAUUUAUGUGAAGGAUAGCCACUUUUGUGAAGAAUAGUCACUUCUAUGAAGGAUAUCCUAUUCUGUGAAGAAUAGCCGCUUUUGUGAAAGAUAGUCAUUUCUGUGAAGGAUAGCGCCUUCUGUGAAGGAUAUCCAUUUCUGUGAAGGCUAGCGACUUUUGUGAAGAAUAGUCACUUCUAUUAAGGAUAUCCUAUUAUGUGAAGGCUAGCCACUUCCUUGAAGGAUAGCCACUUUAGUGAAGGAUAGCCACUUUAGUGAAGGAUAGCCACUUCUGUGAAGGAUAGCCACUUCUGUGAAGGAUAGCCACUUCUGUGAAGGAUAGCCACUUCUGUGAAGGAUAGCCAAUUUUGACACGGAAAAACAAUUUUGUCAAGUGUAGCCUACAUUUGCUAUCAAGAGUAGCCAUUUCUGUCACUGACAUCAUUGACAUCCAUUAAUCUUAGAAUUGGAGAGUGGAUAUAAGUGACUAUGAGUGUGGAUAAGAGUGGACAGGAGUGUGAAUGCAUAAGGGGGAUUUUAAAGUGUGGAUAUGUAAGUGUGGAUAUGUAAGUGUGGAUAUGUAAGUGUGGAUAUGUAAGUGUGGAUAUGUGUGGAUAUGUGUGGAUAUGUGUGGAUAUGUAAGUGUGGAUAUGUAAGUGUGGAUAUGUAAGUGUGGAUAUGUAAGUGUGGAUAUGUAAGUGUGGAUAUGUAAGUGUGGAUAUGUAAGUGUGGAUAUGUAAGUGUGGAUAUGUAAGUGUGGAUAUGUAAGUGUGGAUAUGUAAGUGUGGAUAUGUAGUGUCGAGAUACUGGCGUGGACAGAAAGGCCUGGACAGAAAGGCCUGGACAGAAAGGCCUGGACAGAAAGGCCUGGACAGAAAGGCCUGGACAGAAAGGCCUGGACAGAAAGGCCUGGACAGAAAGGCCUGGACAGAAAGGCCUGGACAGAAAGGCGUGGGCAAUACUGUGACACGAGUGUGGAUAUCAGCCACAGUGGCGGGGUGGAUGUUGCGUAAUGUGAAGAUUCAUUUAACAUAGGCUUUUUAUUUUUAUGAACUAUUUUAUUUGAACAGAUUGUCCACCGAGAUGUGGCGGCCAGGAACAUCCUUCUCUCUGAUCGAAAAGUUGUGAAAAUCUCCGACUUUGGACUGGCCAGACGUGUUGGUGAGGGUGAUGUGUACGAGAGGACCAGAAAGGUAGUUUUUAUUUUGAAUAACUUCCAACUGAUUUGAGUGACCAUAUCGUUGACCAUGUUGACAAACCAGGCCAUUUCGCAUACAGUAUACGUAUGAACACGAAUAAUAAGUUAUUUAUCAAUUCCCAAUGGAGCUGCUGCCAAACUCCCUUUUAACUCCUGGGAACACGUGACCACUGGAUCUACGCACCGACUGACAAGCGCUGGAGAGCGUUCAAGGUGCAGGUGUGACAGUGGUGUUACUUCUGGUGCAUGCUGCAUCAUUCACUUGUCAAAGUCCUGUCUCCAGAUCCUCUUCACAUUGAUCGAAUGCAAGAACGCGACAUCAUUUACAAUGCUACUUCAAAUAAUCACCAUUGCUACCUCACAUUCUAUCCAUUGCUAGUUCACAAAAUAUCAAUUGCUACCUCAUUUCCUAUGUAUAAAAUUUCCUCACAUAUUAUCUAAUGCUACGCCUCGUCAUUUCCAUUACUGCUUCACAUAAUCGCUAGUGCUACGUAACAUUUCCUAUCUAUUGCUACCUCACUUCUUACCUAUAAUUUUCUUCACAUAUAUAAUAUCUAAUGCCACCUCCCAUCGUAAUAUUACUACCCGACAUCAUCAUAGCUCUGGGUACGACAAAUUAUAUCUAGUGCCAGGUCACAUCUUAUCUAUAGGAGCCUCACACACUACUCUAUUUCUGCAUCACAUAGCUGUAUUGCUACCUCACAUAUCUAUUUCUACCUCACAUCCUAUCUCUGGCUACCUCACAUCCUAUCUGUUGCUACCUCACAUCCUAUCUGUUGCUACCUCACAUCCUAUCUGUUGCUACGUCACAUCCUUCUGUUACUACCUGACAUCCUAUCUGUUGCUACCCCACAUCCUAUCUGUUGCUACCUCACAUCCUAUCUAUUGCUACCUCCCAUCCUAUCUAUUUCCACAGGGUCCACUCCCAGCGCGAUGGAUGGCCCCUGAAUCUUUGUUAUACAAUGAGUUCAGUCAGAGCUCUGAUGUUUGGUCCUUUGGCGUUCUCUUGUGGGAGAUCGUCACCUUGGGUGAGCGCAGGGCGGUGUUAAAAACGGGGUGGUGUUAAUCACGGGGUGGAGUUAAUCACGGGGCGGUGUUAACCUCGGGGCGGUGUUAAUCACGGGGUGGUGCUAAUCACAGGGUGGUGUUAAACAUUUUUUUUCAAAAUCCAAUAAACACAAUUUAUUGACUAAAAACCUUUAGGGUGACUGAAAUGUACUGUAUUGUAAUUUUUUGUUCUGGUCACACUUCACUGAUCCUUGUCAUGCUUUACUGAAAUCACGGGGUGGCCUGGAAGAUAGUUUCAAUUGACCAGACAAGAAGAAAAGGUCAUAACAUCCCGGCAACUCAAUAACAUGAUUUGUAUUCAAACAUGACUAAAAACCCGGCAACUCAAUAACAUGAGUUGUAUUCAAAUAUGACCACAAAAAAAAAAAAAAAAAGGUAACUCUGACAUGUAUGCGAAUAUGACCAAACCGCCUGUGAAAAUUAAGCUUUACAACAUCUAGUUUACAUCAAUUGCAACCCUAUGGUUUUAAAAUUAUUAUAAAUAUUUUUUGUUUAAAAAGUGGAUUCGGAGCUGGAAAGAAAAAAAAAAUAGAAUCCAAUUUUCUCAGAUUAAAGGUAAUAACAUCCCGCAAACUCAAUAACAUGAUUUGUAUUCAAAAAAGACUAAAAACCCGGCAACUCAAAAACAUGAGUUGUAUUCAAAUAUGACCACAAAAAAAAAAAAAAAGGUAACUCUGACAUGUAUGCGAAUAUGACCAAACCGCCUGUGAAAAUUAAGCUUUACAACAUCUAGUGUACAUCAAUUGCAACCCUAUGGUUUUAAAAUUAUUAUCAAUAUUUUUUGUUUAAAAAGUGGAUUCGGAGCUGGAAAGAAAAAAAAAAUAGAAUCCAAUUUUCUCAGAUUUGUUUUUAGUUGUGCACAGCUCACACUUUCACCUGUCCGUCAAUGUUUGGCCCUCACCGCACUUUGUUUUAACAUAAAAAAGGUCUGGAGCUUGGGGGAAAAAUGAAUUUUCCUUUUGCUGUGGAAUGAUGGGAGUAUAUUGGGGUUAUUGCCUUUAUUUGCCAACGGCCCGACUAAAGCCCUGACUUACAUCGGGGCAUAAGCUGACACACAUGAGACGUAAUCUGACAUAAAUGUGACAUACUCUGACAAACCAGGGACGCACUCUGGAAUACGCGUGACGUACUCUGACAUCCAUUUGCGUACUCUGACAUAAAUAGCACAUAUUUUGUGACAUCAAUGGGGCGUACUAUGGCAUAAAUGUGACGGACACUGAUAUACAAGUGACGUAUACUCUGAAAUACGUGACGUACUCUGACAUAAAUGUGACGUGCUCUGACAUAAAUGUGACGUACUAUGACAUAAAUGUGACGCACUCUGACAUACAUGUGACGUACUCGGACAGUCAUGGGGCCUACAUUGACCGUCGUGUCACAUACGCCGCAGGAUCCACUCCAUACCCAGGACUUUCCAAUGCGACCCUGGUGAACAAGAUCAAAGCUGGAGGAUCGCUCACCUGCCCGCCCCACUCAGCUGCUGUUGUGUAAGUUAUGUUUUUUUUUAAAAUACCUGUGUCAUAGCUCACCUGUCCACCCCACUCAUCUGCUGUUGUGUGAGUUAUGGGUUUAAAAAAAGCCUGUGUCAUAGCUCACUUUCGUUCCCCCAUCCUUCAGUUGUGGUCUAAGCUAUUGUUUAAGUAACCUCUUUUAUAGCUCACCUACCCCCUUUAUUCAUCAGUUAUCAUAUUAGGUAUUGGUUUAAGUAACCUCUGUUAGGGCUCACCUACCCACUUUAUUCCACAGUUACAUUAAUUAUGGUUUUAGCAACCUGUUAUAGCUCACCUGCCCCCCUUCAUUCAUCAGUUUUCAUGUUAUUUAUGGGUUAAGUAACCUCAGUUAUAACUCACCUGCCCCCUUUUUCAUCAGUUAUCAUGCCAGUUAUUGUUUCAUAACCUCUGACAUAGCUCACCUACCCCCAAAGCUUUAUUCGUCAGUUCUCAUGUUAGUUAUGGUUUUAAACCAUCCUCUGUUAUAGCUCACCUGCUCAUUUCAUUCAUCAGUUCUCAUGUUAGUUAUGGUUUAAGUAACCUCUGUUAUAGCUCACCUGCUCAUUUCAUUCAUCAGUUCUCAUGUUAGUUAUGGUUUACGUAACCUGUGUCUUAGCUCACCUGUCCUCGCCACUCAUCUUACGUUGUGUAAGUUAGUUUUUUUUUUACGUUGUGUAAGUUAUAGUUUUUAAAUCACCUGUGUUAUGGUCACAUCUUUUGGGACCACGGUCUCAUUAUCCUUAUCUCGAGGUUUCAUUUCUUUUAAAGGUCUCGUUUCCUCGUGAUCUCGUUGUAAUGGAAAGUUAGCGACACAGAAUAAACCUUCACAACUUUAUUUGUAAAAAAAAAAUAAAGGGCUUUUUACACAAAUUUUCUUAUAUAGUAUUCUAAUAUAAUACAAUUAGAACAAUCGGAUUAACAAUUAAUUCUAGCACAAAGUACUUACAGUACACAGUGGCAUGGAUAUUUAAAAUUAUGAGUUCUAAUUGUCUUAUGUCAGUUUACUGAAAUAUAUUUAGAAAAAAAAGACUUCAUUUUUAAUAUGGUGAAUGAUUAUGUCAGGAAAUGAAAAAUGAAAGUUUGCUACCGUAGCUAUUAAAUUUGUUUAAAAUAGUUAUUACAUUAAUUUUUUUUAGAUAUAGGCCUAUUUAAUAAAUAAAAAUUAAAAAUUGUAAAAAAAAAAAAAACCCCAAAAAAACUAUAAUAAAAAAUGAAUAAAAAAUAAUAUAAAGCCAUAAAAAGCCUUAUUCUAUCAGUAGUAUCAGAAACCAAGACACACAUUNGAAAAAUGAAAGUUUGCUACCGUAGCUAUUAAAUUUGUUUAAAAUAGUUAUUACAUUAAUUUUUUUUAGAUAAAGGCCUAUUUAAAAAAUAAAAAAUAAAAAUUGAAAAAAAAAAAAAAACCCCAAAAAAACUAUAAUAAAAAAUGAAUAAAAAAUAAUAUAAAGCCAUAAAAAGCCUUAUUCUAUCAGUAGUAUCAGAAACCAAGACACACAUUUGACAAAUGUAAGUUCCAGUGGAUAAAUCGUUUUUCCCUCCGCUUUAGUAAUGAAGUGAUGCUGAGCUGCUGGAGGAAGGCACCGGAUGCCCGACCGACGUUCGCCCAGCUGCGAGUGCGCCUGGAGGAACUCCUGGAAGACCAGGUCAACUACUUGGAUCUCCAGCAGAUGGAUGAGAAUUUAUACAGCAUCCUGGAUGACUGAUGCCUGGAGGCAUCGACUGACUGUCUCUCAGGGGACCUACAGGAUGAAAAUGGAGACUUUUUAUUCUUGAGGUUGGCCCACGCUGAAUUUUAAUGGAGUUUAACGGGAGAUAGAUAGUUCAGAACCAUUUUAUUUUUAAA